CGUACGUACUACGAACAGUUGGUAGGACUCUCAGUCAAAGCAAUAAUGAAAAUCUUCGUGGCUAUUUUGGCCUUUGUGGCCGUCGCCAGUGCGGCUUCCGUGGGCGAGCCCAUUCAAACUCAAUCUAUCUCAAGCACGAUUGUAGACGUGAUCGAGGGAGUAAAGGAGCAGAUGCCCUGUGGCUUUGCCGGACUUGGUAUUCCGCCAUUGGCUCCCCUUCGAAUUGACCACCAGAAUAUCGACAUUGAUACCAGCGUGCUGAAGGCUCAGGGUACCAUUGACCAUUUCAGUCUUAAUGGUCUGAAUGACUUCGAUAUCGAUGAAAUGAAGGUCAACGCCGUCACCAGCAAGGUCACCUACAAGUUCUCCUUCCGCGAUGUGAACGUUGACACUCAGUACGACUUGAGUGUGCUGCUGAAGAAGUACGGUUUCACCAUCAACUUGAUCGGUGCCGGUCAUGCCAAAUUCUCCAUCAAGGAUAUGGUUAUCUGGGGCACUCUGAAGUACUCCCUGGGUGUGCUCAGCGGCAAGCUGAAGCUGAAGUCCCUGGAGGUGCGCACUCACUUGGGUGAGGUAGACUCCGAGAUUGAGGGAAUCCUGGGUGAUGGCACCAUUAACGAGAAGAUGAACGAAUACCUGGCCGAGGCUGUGGAGCUGGCUAUCAAUGAGAACGAAGAUCUGAUUGCCGAUACCAUCGAGUCUAUUGCUCUGCCCGCUGUUAACAGCGUUCUGGACGAUAUCACCCUUGCCGAUGUCAUCUCCGGUUCCGGUGGUGAGGGCGGUGAGAAGGAGGUCUGCAUUCCUCCAGAGUUCGAGUGGUAAACAAAUCAUCGGUCAUUAAAACAACCGUUUUGAAUCAGUA